UUUGUGGUGUACGGUGCUUAUCAUGCACUGAUUGCCUUUAUCUUCCUGUGUUCAAUUUUAUGUGGCCUUGUGAAUUGGAAAAGGCACCGUGCCACCAUACACUGCGCUACCUCUAGCAACGUGAAACAAGAACAGCUCAUCAUUGGGAACCUGAAGGCGCCAGUUACCGUGGAUUAUGAUGUGGAAGCCGACUGCGGCACGAGCAGCUAG